CUGGGGAGCUAGUCACUCAGCCAGCAGCCCCUCCUUUCUUGCCCUAGUCUCCAGUCCUCCAGUAUUCACAGGUGAGCUCCCCAACGGCCACUGUUCAGGAUGGAGGCCAUCAAGAAAAAGAUGCAGAUGCUGAAGCUGGACAAGGAGAAUGCUCUGGAUCGGGCAGAGCAAGCGGAAGCCGAGCAGAAGCAGGCAGAAGAAAGAAGUAAGCAGCUGGAAGAUGAGCUGGCAGCCAUGCAGAAGAAGCUGAAAGGGACAGAGGAUGAGCUGGACAAGUAUUCUGAAGCUUUGAAGGAUGCCCAGGAGAAGCUGGAGCUGGCAGAGAAGAAAGCAGCUGAUGCUGAGGCUGAGGUGGCCUCCUUGAACCGUAGGAUCCAGCUGGUUGAAGAGGAGCUGGACCGAGCUCAAGAGCGCCUGGCCACUGCCCUGCAAAAGCUGGAGGAAGCUGAGAAAGCUGCUGAUGAGAGCGAGAGAGGUAUGAAGGUUAUUGAAAACCGAGCCUUAAAAGAUGAAGAAAAAAUGGAACUCCAGGAAAUCCAACUCAAAGAAGCUAAGCACAUUGCAGAAGAGGCAGACAGGAAGUAUGAAGAGGUGGCUCGUAAGUUGGUGAUUAUUGAGGGAGACUUGGAACGCACAGAGGAGCGGGCCGAGCUGGCAGAGUCUAAGUGUUCUGAGCUGGAGGAGGAGCUGAAGAAUGUCACCAACAACCUCAAGUCUCUUGAGGCUCAGGCGGAGAAGUACUCUCAAAAAGAAGACAAAUAUGAGGAAGAGAUAAAGAUUCUUACCGAUAAACUCAAGGAGGCAGAGACACGUGCUGAGUUUGCUGAGAGAUCGGUAGCCAAGCUGGAAAAGACAAUUGAUGAUUUGGAAGAUGAGCUCUAUGCCCAGAAACUGAAGUACAAGGCCAUUAGCGAGGAGCUGGACCACGCCCUCAAUGACAUGACCUCUAUAUAAACUGAAAUGCACCAAAGAGGAGCACCUCUGUACACAAAGGAUGCUGGACCAGACUCUGCUUGACCUGAAUGAGAUGUAGAACACCCCAGUCCCGCCCUGCCGCUGCUCCUCCCUCUCACCCCGACUCCGCUGAGGCCAGCCUGCCCGAAGCUGACCUUUAAACUGAGGGCUGAUCUUUAACUGGAAGGCUGCUUUCUCCUUUCGCCACCUCUCCCACCCCCUUACUCCUGUGUCCUUUUCGCCAAACUGUCUCUGCCUCUCCCCAGAGAUUCCAGUUGGGCUAGAGGCUGAGCACCUUUGGGAACAACGUUUAAGGGAAUGUGAGCACAAUGCAAAGUGUCUUUAAAAGCAUGUUGUGAUGUACACAUUUUGUAAUUACCUUUUUUGUUGUUGAUGUAACAACCAUUUGUAAAAAACAUUCCAAAUAAUUCCAUAGUUCUGAAGCAGCAGUCUAAUCCCUUUCUCACUUUUGGAAGGUAACGUUUCAGCUUAAUGCAUAUUGCCUUCUCCAGAGAGAAAGGGAAAAGGUUUGGGCCUGCCUUACUGAGAGCCUAGCAGCCCAGAGAAAGGCUCCAUUUGGGGAAACCUCAUUGCUCUGUAAAAAGUACCCGCCAAACCAGAAAGAUGAUUCCAGGAGGAGUUAGCCAAAAAAAAAAAAAAAAAGUGCUGUUCAGGUUUUCAGCUUUACGGUAUCUUUGGACAACUUUUUUUUUUCUUUUUUCAUCAGAAGUGACCAAACAAUUAAGAUGGUGAAACCUCUGAGACCAAAUCCUUGUCCCAGCUCUACCCUGUUCCCAACUGCUCACAGAAUGGAUCACGUGCCCUUUAUGUUGAAGUGACCACUUAAUUGCUCUCCUGCCUCCUUGAAAGGAAAGAAAAUGAUGUUUUGCCACUGAUUUAGCCAUAUGAAAUUCAUCUCAUCACCCUUUUCUGGGUCUGAAGCUGCUGUCUCCAAAAGUGCCAUCUCAUUGUGCUUUGUAUCGGUUAGUGCUGGAGAAAUCUUGAAAAGCUUAUGUACAAAACUUUUUAAAUUUUAUAUUAUUUUGGAACUUUGCUUCUUUGGGGUUGAGGCACACUGGUCACCCCUCUGCCUGUGAGAGCUCUCUACAGUCUGUGGGCUAGCAGUGUGCUGAUCUUUUGAAGUUUCUUUCCCUACCCAAUCCCCCUUUUUUGAUGAGGUUUCAGUGAGGUCUGUUAGGUGUGCAUCCUGCAGCUUAAUUGGCUUAAAAUGUUCUCUCCUUUGGUGUGGUCUCUUUGCAGACCAACUGGGAGAAAAAAAAACCAAUAGUGUAACUGUUUUGAUACUGAAAAUUGAUAAAUGUCUUUUUGAAAUAAAGAACCAGUCCCUCCAA